AUGUCCGGGUCUGAUUUGAAAGACCUCGUCGGGGUCCUCGAGCGACUUCGUGAGGCAAUAGAUCUGACUUCCCCGCUCUUCACUCGCCGCUCAACCGGUAUCGAGAUCACUCAGUCAGUGCAAUACUAUCAUUCGGCCUCUCAUCUCACCGACACAAACGACCGGGCAUCAGACAAUGCAGUGACCCCUGUCGCGUACAAGCCGGCCGUAGUACGCGCCUACGUGAGACCAGGAUUCGGCCUCCCGAGUGACGCGCCUGUCGGCGGCACGCUCAAGGUCGAACGCAAAUCAGGAAUCAUUGGACCGUGGAGAGAGGUCAGGACCCUCUCGCCCUGGCGGGCUCCCACGGUGACGCCCUUGGACGACACUUACGCCGAUGAGCGCGGAACCUUCCUGAAUUCUCUGAAUUUCCGCAUCGACGCAGCCGACUUCGCGGGAAACAUGCGGCUGACUCUCCAGCUGGAUACAGGUGAGACCCGCACGACAAACGUGACGGCUUACCUCGUCCAAGCCCUUCGAGUGCGCGUGAUUCUGGUCUCAUACCAAGGACCAAGUACGGCGAAUCCCGCGCCAGGCACCACGCCGCCGACACUAAACCUCGCCGCACCAACUCUGGCCGAUGCGCAGGCAACGGCCAGCACCGCCUUCCGGAUGAUGCCCGUGCAGCAGACGGGGUCGUUCGCCGUAGCCGGCACCCUGACCUGGCAGCUGCCGCUCGACGAUGCCGUCGGUGGAGCGGGCGGCUGCUCGGCAAACUGGAACUCCCUCCUCGCGAGCCUCGACAAAAUUCGCCAGGCCGACGGCAACCGUGCUGAUGUGGUGUACUACGGGCUGCUCCCUGUGGGCAUUCCGGUAGGCGGAGUGGUUGGUUGCGGGAGUGGCGGGCUCGGCACCGCGGCAUCGGGCAAUGCUCGGACAUUUGUACACGAGAUCGGACAUGGCUACGGCUUCGCCCACACACCGUCCGGCAACGUGGGGACACCGGACCCCAACUACCCUGUGUAUGAGCCUUAUCCAUCCGCCUCCAUUGGCGAGUACGGCUGCGACAUCCAGGACGGGACUGUGUACUCCCCGGCCGUCUUCAGGGACUAUAUGAGUUACGCGGCCAACCGCUGGAUGUCAUUAUACCAGCACGCCAGGCUAAUCGAUCACCCCCGCCUGGCACCAUACUACAUCAGAGAGCGGAAUCCACUCGACGACAUCCCCAUCCUCAUUGACCCAAAACCCUGGUGGUGGCCCGACCCGCCAGGCCCGGACCCGCCUCCGUGGGAACAGGAAGACUUUGGCAGGUACAAGCUCAACCCUGUCAUCUCGGUGCGCGGCGCCAUCGACGAGCUGGGCGGAGUCAGCGUUGAUUCGGUGGCCCGCGUCAAUGCGACGCAGAUCCAGCACGGGCCCGAGAUAAGCUGGAACGCACUGCUUGUGGGAGCGGCCGGCGACGUCGCCUCCCGAGCACGCCUGACGCGCAUCAUCAGUCACGGUGGUGGGUGCGGUUGCGGUUGCAGUGGCUCCGGGUCCGGCUCUAAGACAGGCAAGGACGACCCCGACCGAUUGCCGCUCGAGUUCGUUGCCAUGCUCCCGAAUACCGAGCUAGGCACAAACCUGCAGAUCCUCGAUCGAGGGGGCAAGGAGGCGUGGACGCGAAGUGCCCCUGAUGAGCUUGUGUGCUUUGCCAAGGUAGAGGCAAAGCUCGUCAAUGAGACUGUUGUUAGGCUCGACUGGGACCUCGACGCCGGUGAGGCUACCGACAUCUGGGCGCAGUACAGCUCUGACGAGGGGAAGACAUGGCACGGACUGACGGUAGGGUUGUGUGGCGGAUCGGCAGAGGUGGACGCUUCCGGUGUGCCAGCGGGUCUGGCGCUGCUGCGGCUCCUGGCGCACGACGGCUUCUCCACCGCGACUUCGGAUCCGGUGAAUAUCAAGGUUCCUGAGCGCGCGCCGUACCCUGCCAUUCUAUAUCCAGUCGAGGACGAGGUUGUGGCGGCGAAUACCGAGUUCGAGGUGCUCGGGAGCGCGGUCGAUCAGGGUGGUAUCCCUAUCGAUGACGAGAGACUGGAAUGGCUCCUUGAUGGGCAGCCACUUAAACUCCGCGGGCGUGCCGUCAAGGUGCUAGCCAAGGAGGGCAGCCAUAAACUCACUCUGCGUGCCAUCGCCAAACACAACAGUGAGACGACCGUUGCCUUUAGUGCCCGGGACAUCAGGCGCUCGGUCGGAGGAUAG